AUCUUUGAAAAGCUGGGCCAGAUCCAGGCCGAGGUGGCCCUGCGCCAUGGCCUCACGGAAGCACAGCUGGAGCAGCUGCAGCGGGCCGGGGAGCAGGACCCACAAGUUCAGACCUACGACACAGGUUUCAAGGCCAUGCUGGAGGACGCCUUGCAGGGACGCAGCCCGAUCCUGCCGAACGUCAAGAUACCCGAAGCACUGACGAAAGAUAGAGCGCUGCAGAUUCAGAGGCAGGCGCAGGAGGCCGAGGAAGAGGAGGCUUUGCGCCUCGUCGGCAGCUCGAGCAUCUCCCUUCGGAAGCUCGGCGAGUUCUUGGCCGUGGCGAACAAGAACGCCUGGGAGCGCACCUUCAAGGACCAUGCAAGCAUCCUCGGAGAACACGGCGCUGAGGUCUACCACAGUGUGGCCGCCAUCUAUGCGCGACAGCCAGACUUCGCCCACCAGAAGUCGGAGCUCGAGGCAGCGCACCAGAAGCGAAUGAUUCAGCGCUUUCAGCCGGAUGGAAACGGCAAUGUGACGGUGAAUCACUGA